AGCAGCAGCAGCAGCAGUCAGGCCGGCUGGGCGCUUCCCGCAUGGCCCGGCGGCUCGAGGUGCUGUGCGGCGCCGCGGUGGUGCUGGGCUGCGCCUUCCUCAUCGCCCUCAAAGUCACCUGCAGCCGUGCAAAAGAUGUGACGAUGCCAGCGAAGCCUCCGGUCAGCUUCUUCUCUUCGUCGUCUCCAAUCCACGAUCUGUUCCUUGGGCAGCUGGAUCGUGCAGAGGACAUCCGCCAAGAUUCAGAAGUCACGCUGUUCUUCUUCUAUGCUCCUUGGUGUGGACAGUCCGUGGCAGCGAGGGAAGAGAUUGAGAAAGUGGCAGCCAGUCUGGCAGACCAGGUUUUGUUUGUGGCAAUCAACUGCUGGUGGAACCAAGGGAAAUGCAGGAAGCAGAAGCAUUUCUUUUACUUUCCUGUGAUAUAUUUGUACCAUCGGAGCUUUGGGCCCAUCGAAUACAAAGGCCCAAUGAAUGCCAUUUACAUUGAAAAAUUUGUUCGCCGAGUGAUGACUCCCUUGCUGUACAUCUCGUCUCGAUCAAAACUGCAACAGUUCCUCUCCAAUUAUGAGCCUGGAGUCUUGGGAUAUUUUGAGUUCAAUACUUCACCCCAACCCCCUGGUUAUCUGACAUUCUUUACUUCAGCAUUGCAUUCAUUAAAUAAAGAUUACCUUGGAACCAUCCACUUCGGAGUGAUCACAGACAAGCUGGUUGCAGAGGAGAUCCCACUGACCCACUCAGGCAGCCUCUACUUGCAUAGACAUGUCAACGCAUCUCUUCUCUACCCACGUGAAGCCCUGAACUCUACUGCCGAAAACAUCUGGAGGUGGGCCCUGGAGAACCGCGAGACGUUCGUCCGCUGGCUGAGACCCCAUGGGGGGAAAAGCCUUUUGCUGAACAACGAGCUGAAGAAGGGGCCGGCGCUGCUCCUGUUCCUCCCUUUGGACCCGUUAGCAGAGAGGCACCCCCUCGUUGAGGAGAUUUCCAAAUUGGCUUUGGAAUACAACAGCUGUGACCAUAGCCACCGUGGGGAUCUGGACGCCGGGCACUUGCGAGAGGAGGAGGAGGAGGAGCCACCAGCUGCUGGCCUCUCCCGCCCUGGGGCCGAAACCGCCCCCCUCGCUGAGCCCCCUUGCUGCCACACCGUGGUGCUUCCUCCCCAGUGGCACUCCAUCAGCCGGACCCACAACGUCUGUGAGCUGUGCAUCAACCAGACCGUGGGAACCCGGCCCAGCCGUCUCCGCGGGCUGCACUGCAGCUUCUUGGACAUUGCGGCAGCCUUGGACUCUUUCUACCUCAAGGAGCGGACCUUUUUCCAAGUCGUGUCCAAGACAGUUUCCUUAUGCAGCAACUUCCUCAGUUUUUAUAGCCCUUUUAGUUACUACACCGCAUGCUGCAGGACGGUGAGCCAGGGCCUGCUGGGUUUCGUCAGCUCUGAAAAGACACCUGCCCAGUCCCUGGGCGUGGUUCUUGCUCCCCAUGGGACGAGACACCGGAGUUCUAUUCCUCACAUUGAGGACCGGAGCGGGCUUCUCCCAGAAAGCGCCCUCUGCGGGGCUAGCUUUACUGGCCUGAGUUGCCGUACCAACAAGACCUUGAAUCUCUACCUCCUGGACUCAAAUCUCUUCUGGAUGUAUGCAGAGAGGCUGGGAGCAUUAAGGUCUACUUCUGUGAAGGAGUUUGCUGCCAUUGUGGACCUCAAGGAAGAGGCACACUUCAUCCUGGAUCAAAACCAGGCCCUGUUGAAAUCGAAUCUAGAAACCUUCAUUCAAAACUACAGUGUUCUGUACAGUCCCUUGAAAAGGCAUCUUGUUGGCGACAGGAGACCCAGCCACAUCCACACGCAACCUGUCAGGGAAAUCACCACCCACACCUUUCACCAGGUGGUGUUGAGAAGCGAAAAGGAUACCUUGCUGCUGUAUUACGCUCCGUGGUGCGGCUUCUGCAUGUCUCUCAAUCACCUCUUCAUCCAGCUUGCUCGGAUUCUGCCUCCUGAUCACUUCGUUGUGGCAAGGGUCGAUGUUUCUCAGAACGACCUGCCCUGGGAAUUCAUGACCGAUUGCCUACCCAACAUCCUGUUUUUCCCUCAUAAUAGGAAGGACCGAAGUGUGAAGUUCCCUGCAGAUUCCCUGGUCACCCUUCCCAAUCUCCUGAAAUUCAUCCUCCACCACUCACACCGGCCACCCACCACCACCACCAGCUUCGAGCCCUGCCUCCAAGGCUGCCUUUGGAGAGAGGCGGCGCUCCAGCAAGGACGCCUCUCCCACCUGGAAAGGGAAGUGGAACGGCUGAGAGCAGAGAUCCAGGCGCUGCACCUGGCUCAGGCUCAGGCCCAAGGCCAGCUUUCGGAAGCCAGGCGGGAGGGCCAGAGGCUCCAGCAGGAGGCCCGCAUCUUGCGGAAGCAGCACGGCGCCCUGCAGAGCCACCGGGAGCAUUUGCAGGGGCUGUAUGACCAGAAGUCCCGGGAGCUGGGAGGCCUGGCCGAGAAGCUGCGGGAGCUGGCCGACGCCUCCGAGAGCCUCCUGGCCGAGAACGCCCUGCUCAGAGCCCUGCUGGCUUCCGUGGAGCGAAAGCUGGGGGCGGCGGCGGCGGCGGUCGAGGCGGAGGUCGGCCUGCCGAAAGAGGAUGCUGGCCUGGCUAUGCCAGCUGCUGACACAUUCCAUGCGGCAGCUGAGGACAACGACAACAAUGGCCCCAUUGACCCCCGCAUUGCUUCCGAGCACACGAAGGAGAACUGGACAGAAUAGCCCCUGUGACCCAGGACCUGUAAGGUGGGGGGUGGACCCACACAGAUCACGUACAGUCUCAGCCAGGAAGAGACUUUAUGCAAAGUUUUAUUGACGUUUCAUUGUAAAGCCUUUUUUUUUUGCUGGACUAGAAAAGAAAAAUCAAAGAAUAUUUUUAUAAUGAGCCAUGAACUGAAUAGACCGAGCUUGAGGCCUGUGACACUGACAGAAGUCCAGGGACUGUUCUUUGCACUUUACUAUUGCACUAAUUUGAUAGCUUUUGUAUCAGUUCAACCUAAAUUAAAGCAAUUUGGUUGAAGGGUGGCAGUGUGAAACCCCUCUUUCCCCCCUCCGCACCACAUAGUUACAAGCCAGGACCAGGUUUGGCUGUCUCAGUUUUGGGACCCUCCCCCACCCCGUUUAAAGUAACUUUGAUUUGUGACUUCUGGGGAAUAUCCAAAAUGGUCACUUUAAAUGUCUUCUGUCUUAUUUGCAGAAUUGAUGGGAUGCAUCCAUUUGUGUGUAUUGGGUAAAACUGAGUGGGGGAGAAAAAUUAAAGGGAUUGCUAUA